AUGGAGGCAUACAGACCAUCGCCGAGUGCCGGCUCAACGGCUGGCCUCUCUGCCCUGCUCGACUUUGAUGCCACCUUCUUCUUUCUCCCACUCGUCACGCUGCUGGGCUUCCUACUCCCCAUCAUCUACCUCUUCCCCCCCGUUCCCGCCACCAAGGCCGACGCCUUACAGCAGACACACGACCGCCUCGGCCUCGGCCGCGCCGAGAGCAAUCUUCGCACCCACAAUCGGCCUGCCGCCGCCGCCGUCACACCCGGUGCCUCGGCGAAGCUCCAAGCCCUGACCAUCUACCCCGUCAAGUCGUGCCGCGGCAUCGAGCUCACGCGCUCCCGCGUCCUGCCCACGGGUCUCGAAUUCGAUCGCCUCUUCACCUUUGCGCAGCUCAAGUCGCCCUUCUCCGUGUCCUCGACUGCCAACGCGGCGGAGAAGGAGGACGGCCACGUCUGGGAGUUCAUCACGCAGCGGCAGUUUGCCCGCCUCGCCAAUGUCAAGGUCGACCUGUACGUGCCGCGCGUCGAGGAUGGCACGCGGGCUGACAAAGACACCGGGUCGUGGAUCGUCAUGCGCUUCCCGUGGAGGGAUCUUGGCAUAAGGGGCGUGUUGCAGACCAUCGCUGCCAAGCUUGUGAGGGGGUGGUACGCCGAGGCCGAGAGGGAGUUCUUGCUGCCCGUGGAGUUCCCCACCAAGGCCGAAAUUGAGCAGAGGGGAUACGAAUUUGAGAAGGUCAAGAUCUGGAAGGACGUUGUCACGGCGCUGAACCUGGGCGUCGAUGUGCCCGAGGAACUCAGGUCCUAUCUGGGCGUGAGCAACAAGCUCGGCCUCUUCAGGAUUGAUCCCCUGGGGCUGCGGCAGGUGUUCCGCUGUGCGCCGCGCAAGGAAGAGAUUGGCUACCAACCCACCGUGGGCUUCCAGGAUGCGUACCCCUUACACUUGAUGAAUCUCGGCAGCUUGCAAGAUUUCGACUCUCAGGUGCCCAAAGACGGGGACCUCAAGUACCUGGACGUCAGACGGUUCCGCUCGAACUUGAUCGUGACGGGCGCUCCUGCUUACGAUGAGGAAUCUUGGCAAUCCAUCCGCUUCACCCCUGGCGCAUCCACCUUGACAUCGGACGCCAGCUUUCAAGUCUCGUGCCGCACCGUCCGCUGCAAACUCCCCAAUGUCGACCCUGCCACGGGCAUCCGCCACCGCGUCGAGCCCGACCGCUCGCUGCGCAAAAUCCGCGACGUCGACCCCGGAGCGCCCAAGAUGGGAUGCUUAGGCGUGCAGCUGUGCCCGCUCUUCGAGGACGCUGAAUCGUGCGAGACUGAGGAUUUGCGAAGCUGGCUUGAGGUCGGCAUGACGAUAGAUGUACAGUCCCGGGGUGAGCACGUGUACAUCAAGCAGUGA